CCACCGAGGGGAAUUUUAAAACAGGCGGUUGUUAGGUUUUCGAUUUAAAGGAAGCCACGUCUCUCUCUCCCCUCUCUCUCCCCUAGUCGCCUCCCAAAAACCCUCUCGUCUCCUCUCACAUCUCUCCGUCCUUCAACACCGCCCUUCUGAUAUCUUCUUCCUUUCAUCGGUCCUCAGAGAAUGAGCAACGACAAGGACAACUUCAGUGUCGCCGAUAUCACCGCCGCUCUUAAAGAUGAGGAUCGAGCAGGUCUUGUGAAUGCUCUCAAGAACAAGUUGCAGGAUCUGGCUGGGCAGCAUUCGGAUUUGCUCGAGAAUCUGCCUCCUAAAGUGAGAAGACGUGUUGAUGUUCUAAGGGAGAUACAGGGCCAACAUGAUGAACUAGAGGCCAAAUUCCGCGAGGAGAGAGCUGCCCUAGAAGCCAAGUAUCAAAAGUUGUACCAGCCUUUGUAUUCAAAGCGUUAUGAGAUUGUAAAUGGAGUAAUUGAAGUUGAGGGAGCUCCAGAGGACGUGAAGAUGGACCAAGGGGAGGAAAAGGCUGCGGAAGAGAAAGGAGUCCCAAAUUUCUGGUUGACUGCCCUGAAAAAUAACGACGUUAUUUCAGAGGAGAUCACCGAGCGUGAUGAAGGGGCUCUCAAAUAUCUCAAAGAUAUUAAGUGGUGCAGAAUUGAAGAACCCAAGGGAUUCAAACUUGAGUUUUUCUUUGACCCAAAUCCAUACUUCAAAAACACUGUUUUGACAAAGGCAUACCAUAUGAUUGAUGAAGAUGAACCUCUCCUCGAGAAGGCUACUGGGACAGAGAUUGAUUGGUAUCCUGGCAAAUGCUUAACUCAUAAGAUUCUUAAGAAGAAGCCUAAGAAAGGUGCAAAGAAUUCAAAGCCAAUCACUAAAACUGAAGAUUGUGAAAGCUUCUUCAACUUCUUCAACCCUCCCCAAGUUCCUGUGGAGGAUGAAGACAUCGAUGAGGACAGGGCCGAAGAACUUCAAAAUCUGAUGGAACAAGAUUAUGACAUUGGAUCUACAAUCCGGGACAAGAUUAUCCCCCAUGCCAUCUCAUGGUUUACUGGUGAGGCUAUUCAGGGAGAGGAGUUUGAAAUAGAUGAUGAUGAAGAUGAGGAUAUUGACGAGGAUGAUGAUGAGGACGAGGAGGAAGAAGAAGAGGAAGAUGAGGAUGAGGAGGAGGAGGAGGAAGAAACCAAGAGGACAAGGAAGCCGUCAGUUGGACACAAGAUUGUAGGGAAACCUCAACUGGGUGAUGGUCAGCAGGGCGAGAGACCUCCUGAAUGCAAGCAGCAGUAAUAGGUUUGCAGUGAAAAUAUAUUCCAAAGUCGGUUCUUUGGAAAGGUAUGGGUGAGUGUGGCAGUUUUGGUUAUUUGAUCACUUAUUUGCUCUCUUUAUAUAAUGUCAGUAGUGUUUCUUGGGGGCCUUUUCCUUUGUUUUUUUUUUUUGAAUUUUUUACAGUGAGUAAAUCUGGUGUUUUAUUCAAUUCAUAUAUAAAGUUUGUAAAAUGUUUGUUUUCUGAA